AUGAAGGUUAACUUUGACGGUGCCACUUUCUCAUCCAAAGGCCUUGUUAGUUUGGGAGCCAUUAUCCGGAACGACCAAGGUCUAGUUAUGGUUGCCUAUACACAUCCUAUUCCUCUACCUACUUCUGUAGAGACAGUGGAAGUGUUGGCAGCGCGUAGUGCAAUCUGCCUAGCAAGGGAUCUGAACUUUAACAAGGUAAUCUUUGAAGGCGACUCGGAGGUCAUCAUCAAAGCCAUUAAUAAGGGAGAACUUGUGUCUUCAAGCUUUGGUCACAUCCUUAAAGACAUUAAUCUUCUAUCCAAAACCUUUCACAAGGUGUCGUUCUGCCACACUCGCAGACAAGGGAAUAGAGUUGCUCAUGGUUUGGCUCGAAUGGCUUGUAAUUUUUCUACUUAUCAAGUCUGGAUGUAG